AUGAGUUUGAGAAUCUUGACAACUUUUGCAUUGGUUGCGUUUGUCGCUGUUAAUGCCAAGCCAUGCGGUGGAUUUGGAUGCCCAGUUAGUUUAACUCUGUUUUUGAGGCCCCAGGAUUCCAAAAAAUAUUUUUUCAGUUCCGUCGCCCACCUCCACCACCACCAUGUGGAAUUCCACCAUUUUUGGCAGAACUUCCAGCUGAUGCGCAAGCAAAAAUCACAGAAAUCUGGAAAGAUUAUCAAACCGGUGCGAAAUGUUAUAAUGAGCAAGGAUUGACUCGUGAAAUCUUGGAUGCUCUUCCAAAAGAACUUCAAAAAUCUCUUCACAAACGUCCACCUCCACCACCAUUUUUGGCUGGACUUCCAAAAGAAACCCUGGCUAAAUUUGAUGCGAUUUUCCAAGAUAAAUCAAUUCCACAUCAAAAAAAGAUUGAACAAAUUGAUGCAUUGGCUGAGAAAACAUUGAGUGGUGAAAAUUUGAAGAAAUUCCAGGAAUUCAAGGCAAAAAAAGAGCAGGAAAAGAAAGAAUAUGAAGAGAAAAAAUCGAAUUUGUCAGAAAAUGCAAAAGAAGUUGAUGCAAAAAUUGAGGAAUUGAGAAAACAAAAAUUCGAAUUGAUUGAAUCACUUGAUGAAAAAACACGUGAAGAACUUUUUGAUUUAUGGGAAACUCGACCAGGACCACAUGGACCACCACGUCAUUAA